AUGGCCAUGCCGUCCUCUGCGACGUCGAUACUCGAGCUACUUACGCACCCCAACCCAUCCGUCAGCCAUCAAAUACCCAAGAGCAAGACAAACUCCCGAAGUCUUCUCUAUUACUGUCCUAAACAACUAAAGAGAUGGCAAGAACUGGAAGACGUUAAUAUUUUAAAAGAUGUCUUUGGCGGAGUUUUGCUGAAAGAGGCCUGUCGCAGAGGCCGAACCCUUGACCCAUACCCAAGACUUCACUCACAGGCCGACUGCAUCAUACGUAAUGAGGAUGAUACCAGAGAUCUAAUCCAUAAGUGGAACAAGUCAGUUGUUACUGCCGCCCUUGAUCCAAUUCAGGAUCUUUUCCAUCCGGUUAUCUGGAGCAAAGGCGAUCCCCCAUCAAGCAAAGAGGUAUACCCCUCCCCUCCCCGACAGGACGAAAAGAAGCGCCAUCAGCCCUUACGCAAACGGUCUCCAAAGGCAACAAAUAAGAGACUACAAUCGUUAUCGAGACUUCAACCAGAUUCCGGGUCUAUUGCAUCAAGGCCGGUCUCGUCUAAAGCUGACGGCAUAACCAUCUCUACUUUCCAGGAGAGGUUUCCAAAGGAGUACAAGAUCUCCACCAAAUGGAAGAGUGAGCGUGUUUUCAGAGGCGGUCUUCUUGAUGAUUCUGGGGGCUUCAUUAGGGGAAAGACAAAUGAUAAUUCUGCUUGGCCUAUCAGGCAGGCUUACACAUAUUGCAUUCAGCAUAUGUGCCGAUAUGGAUGCAUCUUAACGGCCGAGGAAGCUUUCAUAUUUCGCAUCAUGCCACGAGAGGACAAGUCCAGCAAGAAUCCUCAAAAUGCUAAUUUGCUAAGAAACGAGCUCAUCAACAACGGGCUUAUGGAAUACGUCUCCAUUCCCUGGGAGAACUGCAGCCAAGGUCAGAGACGGUCCCUCGACGUUUGGACCGUCAACCUAGCACUGUGGUUUAUGCACGUCUUAGCCGGAAAUAAUUUUGAAGUCGAGUGGAGCUAUGUUGAUCUGACGGCUGAGACUUUGGUUGCUUCUCAGCUGGUGGACGCUGGUGUUCAGCCAGAAGCUGCUGGCACGGUGGACUCUAAUGAUGGACAGCAUGGAGGGAGCGAAGACGACAAUGGAUCCACUACUUCGGAGGAGUCGGAGGUGACUGAAAUUUUGAACUCGUCUACUGCAAAGCGAAAGCGGGACUCUGAUGACAGUGACUUUGAGGGCAUUCAUCUUUCAUUUAGCAAGCGUCAAUUCGUAUAG